AUGGCGCCCAAACAUAAGUCGUGGGCGAAGAGAAAGGCCGGCAAAAAUGCCACGCAGCCAUCUAAUGCUGUCAACUCAGUGGAAAGAUAUGGCAUGGCCGAGUCUCACGCAAGGCUCUUGAAGCACGGCUUCCACCAUGCCGUGACUUUAAAGAAGCCACACGAACUUGAGCAAGAAUGGCUCGUCAUGGCCGAAGCGGCCUUCAAAAGGCCGACUCUCGAGCAGCUCAAGGGUGCUCAGUUCCCAGCCAAACACUUGAUCACUGCAAUGCUUCUGUUUCGUUAUGGGACUAAGCACGCCCACCCCUUCAAGACACCAGGCAUCCCGUCCAGUGAGAACAACUUGGCCAGGAUCUUAAACACCGUCGACAUUGGCGGUCAGGUGGCAAACUUGAUCUUUGCCCAAGGAUGGCACACUGUUCUCAAGACUGCGCUUACUUCAUCGACCUCAUGGCAGGCGAUCGCCGACUGUGCUAAAAUAUGGGACUUUUAUUCGUCAGACCUGCGAACCGACGGCAACUCCGGCGUGCUACUUGCCGUGGCGGCUGAAUGCUUGAUUGGAGAUAUGAACAGGUCCCAUGAACUUGACCCCUAUGGGCUCGAUUUCGACAAUGGUCUCUCGUCUUGGUGCGCUGAAGCUAUCAAGGUUGAGAGGGAAAUCUAUCUGUCGAUAUAUCUCAUCCAUGGCCGUAUUAGCGGCAAAACCGGGCGCGGCAAGUCGUUUCACCAGAGACGAGAGUCGAAAAAGAUUGUGCCUGUGGAUUUCCUAGCGAAUGACAUUGUCGUCGCCAUCCGGAAGAUUCGAGACGUAUCGCGGAUUUGGGGAGACAGUCAGUUCAUAUCCAGUCCACAAACUCAGCUAUUUGAACCACAGGCAAUCUUUUCAGUGGAGCGAAUGAAGCGCAUGAUCGAGCACAUUUCGGGCCAGAGAACAGCUCUCAAAGUGCUCUACUUCCAAAGGAUACCAUAUCUGGACCGUCGUAUGAUCGCCGUCAUAUUACGGGCCUGUCCAAAUGUGAAAAUGAUUGGCAUUUACGACUGCCCCCUCAUUCACUUCGGGGAUGUCGUUUGUCUGCUCGACCUUAUUCAUGAAAUCAAUGCCGCGCGUCGAGCAUCUGGCUCGCCGCAGGUCAGGGGGCUGGAUUUUUAUCCAAAGUACCACGCGGGUACGCCAUUCGCGACCACCCACUCUGCCACGUACGGUCUGACGUGGGGACCGCAUGAGCUGGACGUUGUUCAGAGGGGGUUUUUCGGCCUCGUCCUAAAGGCCUUUAUGAAGGCCAGGAGAAUGGGAUUGGGUCUCUUGUUCGACAAGGACAAGGCGUUUUGCAGGUACUUGCGGCAGGUGCCCAACUACCCCCUCGCAGCUCCAACGUUUCUGGAUGCCUUGCAUCGCUACCUGGAGGCGAGAGACGAAGAAUCCAAGAGGCGUGCGACGUAUGACCUGCUGAAGCCAGUGCGAGUAGGCCUGGAGACGAGGAUCGAUCAUGACUGGCCCAAGUGGUACACGACCAUCAUGGGCAAGAGCCUGGUGUUUUGUUCCUCGUGCGGGUACGAAACGCUGGAGGAAUUCUUCUCGGCCUUUGCUCGCGACAUGCAGCCCCACAGACGAGUAUGUGCCGCAUGUACUCUGCAGGUGUGGAUGGACGAGGAGGAUGACCACCUGAAGAGUCACAAGAGAAGCAUCCUCGACACACUGUAUCCGAGCUGGAAGGGCCUGGAGUUCAACCAAGACGCGCCGCUACCGCAUCAGGCCAAGGACAUUGUGAGACUGCGGUCGACGGUCUCUGUCAGGUCGGACGUCGACGGGGUGACGGCUGACCACGAGGGCGCCAUGUACGCACGCCCGACGCUGGCGAGCCUCGUCCGCGACAACAAGGUGCAUUCCGACUCGGUCCAGAGCCUGCCGACCCUCGCCGAGCUGCUGCAGGGAGACCAGAGCAAGGCAACCUGGGGCCAGGUCUACAACAAGUGCAGCAACCUGGACAUUUACUGCCGAGCAGUAAGGCGGCUGAAGCGGGAAGGCAAAAAGGACGAGCCCGUCAAGGACCAAGGCGGCAAGCCCAGAACAGACGGGGGGAUGCCGGACCACGUUGAAGAGCUGCAGCCCCCGAAAAGAGCGCGCGAGGGGAUCCCAUGCCACGAUUUCAAGUCGGCAACGCUGCUGUACGCUGGGCUGACUCUCAAGGGAUGGGCAGGGGACAGAGGAGGUGGUGUCUGCGAGAGACGGGGCUGA